UACUAGCGGAAGGGGGUUCCAGGUUCAUAAGUCGUAUAUAUGUUUAAUUUACUAGUGAUAACACAAAUCUUGGUUGAACUUUUGCCGCUAAGUUGCAUGUGAUUAUAAUAAUCCUACAUGACCUUUCGUUCUCACCCGAGUUCUUCUGCAGAGUUUUGAUGUCAACGCCGUCUCCCACUGAACAUACUGAACCAGACUCGGAGCAUAGGAAGAGGUCAUGGAACGAUUUUGCAGCAUUCUUGACUCAGAAGCCUAAUAUUUGGCCAGAUGACCCAAGUCAUCCGGCGCAGGUUGCCCUUCGCACAUAUUCUCUCAGCUUAUUUCUAUCCCUUGGUCCCGCACUACUUCCAGCUGCCUUUUCCCUCAUUACGCGCUCGUCCGCUCCGGAAACUCGUUUGGGUUCGUUUAGACGCGUGUUGAGGCGCGAGUUGAGUUUCACAGGAUUUCCGUUCGCCAUCACCGUAGCUGUUGGCGGCGGCGUUGCAUUGAAGCACUUCUGGGAAGCAAUAGGUAUCCGCCAUGCUGAUAACCAAUAUGAUCUAGAGGUUCGACAGCAGUCAGUGGUGACUUCUGCUUUUCAACGACGUGCAACGGUCUUCUCGCUCGCAGCUCAGGCGUGCUCACGCAUGUCCAACUCAACGCCUUUCCAGAAAGCGUUACUGUCAAAUGCUUUAUCCUCGACAAUCGCGCUAUUCUUGCUUCAAAGGAUCGGACCGUUAAAAGCAGGGUCUCGUCGACCGUCCGCAACUUUUGGAUUAACACUCUUAUUCUUCGUUCGUGCAACCGACGCAAUCAUGCAGCAUUUCCUGUGCACGGAAGCAGCUCGGAAAGCUAACCUACAUAUCAUCUCCGCAAAUCGGUGUCGGUCGAAGCCAAAUUCAUUAUUGCCUGCUGACGGCGACCACAAGGCCAAGAAGUGGCACCAAAGUACAGCUGCAUGGAUGGACACCGUUAUAUUUUGGGCUUGCAGUGCCAGAAUCAUGUGGUGUUUCUUCUACCAGCCGCACAGACUUCCCCCUUCCUAUGUGAAAUGGAUAUCUUCCCUAGCCAACCUAGACAAACGGCUACUAGAUGUUUUGCGUGUCAUACGUUCUAAAGAAUGGACCUAUGGGCACAGUUCCACCUGUUCUCACCUCCUGACAUCUUAUGCUAAGGAUCGCGGGUACCCUCCAUCUUGGGGCGACCCGCAGCUCUUGCCUGCAUUUGGCGGUGCAGAUGCAGACGCGACCUGGAAGGCGCUUGGCGUGCCUGGCCGGGGUGGUGUGGGUGGUUUACCCUGUGAGUUUGUGCAUUCCGUGGUUGCAGCACGGUGGGGUCUCGACAACAGCUGCCUCACAAAUGUUGGUGUGAGAUUCUCUCUAGCGUUUGUUGAAGCCAUAGCUCUAUACCUGCCUGUCCAUUUCCUUCCUCUCCUUCUUACUCGCCCUCGCUCCAUACUCCAACGUCACCGCGCCAUUCCCGCGCUCCUAGCCGCAACCCGCAGUGCGACGUUCCUCUCCACUUUUAUAUCGUCGUACUUCUUCGCUGUCUGUCUCACGCGCACCUUGGUGCUCGCGAAACUGUUUCCCUGGAUCGCUCAUGACGUGUGGGAUGGACCAUAUGGCUGUGUGCUCGCGGGAUCACUCACGUGUGGUUGGAGUAUACUGAUCGAGAACGCACGGCGAAGGGGCGAAAUGGCCUUGUAUGUGUUGCCCAGAGCCCUUAAAGCGUCUUUACCGGCCAAGUGGCUUGCAAGUAGUCGCGCCAGUGUGAGACUUGCUGAGCGAAUCGUUUUUGUUCUAUCACUGGCUUCACUGCUUACUUUUGCCACCCAUGAACCAGAAUCCCUGAGGGGUUUGUCGCGAUGGACCCUUGCUUUUGUCACGAAGGGUUCAAAUGCUGAGUUCUGGAAGAAACGCAAAAGAGAGACUGAGACUUCUCCAGAGACAUCUAUUUCUUCAUCCUCCAACUCAACCCCCACGCAAAGCAUCGACCGCUUGUAAGACUUUGGACAAUGCUAGCUAGGGCUGACGUACGUCACGGUCAGUACUGCCAUCUAGAUCACGCUCUUGCUUCUGCGUACUUCACAACCCCGUUCAAAUAUCCCACUGCGCAUACCAUAAAGGAUCCCCUGGCAGAUAUCCUCACACAUCGCCUGUAUUUCGCUUACAUUCCGCUACCUACCCGCUCCAGAGGUGUAAAAUGUGGUCGUAGAAUGAGCAACUCGCGAUCUGCGUCUCCCCAUCUACAUCUGGAGGGGCGAACGACCAGUCCACGCCG